AUGAAGAAACAGGAGACGACCCACAUCGGCACUCAGCGCGCCUCGGUGCCUCGCGGAUUUAGGACGAAUGAGCUGUACUACAUCGAAGAGGACACUCAAAGAAGGAUUCACCUUCUCACGGCGCAGAAGCAGGCGGGGGUCACGAAAUCUAGACAGCCGCAGGUCACUCCGGUUCCUCAAAUCAGAGGUGAAGCCCUUUUGAGAGGGCGAUUACAGUCUUCGAAGAAGAAACCAGCCCCGAAUUCGUCCCCCGCCGUGCAUAUCACGGUCUGUGAUGCUGCACGCACCCCGCCACUGCCCCCGGAACUCAUCAAGGAUGCCAAAGUAGCCGCAUAUUUGAAGUAUUUCUCAACGUAUGGCGUAUGCCCCCUCGGGCAGGCCUUGAACCAAUAUGGCAUUGCGCAUGCCGGCCUUGCUUCGAUGCCGUCAGCGCGGAAUGCAGGCUCUGGAGGAUCACCGCGAAGCAAAGAGGCAGAAAGGCGUCCGCAGAGUAGAGACAGCAGUACGACAACGCUCUCGAGGCCAAGCGCGGGGCGGCUGCGCACACCCAGGGCGCCUGAAACUGACAAUCCAGAAGUCGUGCGUAGUUUCCCCUCUUUCAUACACAGGAGGGAAUUGAGUGCAGCUCCAUCGGCGCGGAGCUGGCCCCCUGUAGCGCGGAAAGCAGACGCCUAUCACGAUGCAGUUGGUUGGCAACGCCGCUCUCGCACAAGCACCAUCAGUUCUUCGCUUCAGAACCCCGCGGUGAAUAUUCAGGCUCGAAGGCACCGAGGAUGGAUGCCGCAGAACACGGGCACGGGAAAUACUGAAGGAGCAUCAUCCAUCUCGAGGCAACCCCCGAGCGACGUGAGUCUCGCUGUCGCCGGAGUGGCAGUGGCGGUGCUUGUGCCCCCGCUGCCUCUCGGCAGUUCAGUCAGUGGAUCGACAAGGCCGGAAUUUUCUGGAUCCAUGUCGGGCGUUCUCCCCCAGAAAGACCCCUGCGGCGGCGGCAUUCCUGUGAGAAAGAUAAAGGGUUCCGAGCUCAUGAAGAAUGCGUCUGCCGUGGAGAAGCAAAUAUGCGAAACGACGAACCGGAAGAUGGGGCUUCUGCAAGACCUUACGUUGAAAACAGCCGCAUUCAAGCAAACAACCAAGAGACUCGGGCAGAGAAAAGCCACUGAGGCCAAACUGAAGCAGGUCGAGAAGGUUCUAGAGGAGGCGUUCACAGAAGUUGAAAAGCCUUUGCUUGCGCCACCGGAGUUUCCUGAGUUCUUCGUUCCAUCUGAAUCCCCACACGGAGGCCUUGCAGGGGAAGACGGAAGUCGGAGCGGCGCGGCGGUAGCCUGUGGUCUUCAUUCCCACGCCGAGAAACCGCCAAGAAGCGAACGUGACCAACGUCUUCGAGAACAACCGACUGGCAGCGCGCCCUGCGUGAUGCCGAACGAGGGAGGAAUGCGCGCGGCAAAGAUGCGCUACGUUGUCGUUGUCGACCUGGCCAGUGAUACGGCUGUUUACCUCCCCGACAUCCGCGAGGAGCUCACCAAGUUCAUGCAGGAGACUAUGCUGAAGCAGCACGCAGUCAUCAAUAUCAUUAAAAUGGGUAAUAAGGUCGAUGCAUGCUUCGUUACGAUGCCCUCCCGAGUCGACGCACGAACAGUUACCGCUACAUACAAAUUCAUUAGCGGCCUGACGAAAUCCAAGCAAAGUGAAGGCUGCACAGACCUGGUAGAAGGCCUGCGGAAAGCGCUUCUCAUGAGGCCAGACGUCCUCUAUCUGAUAGCGCACACUCCACCGUCUGCUGUCAGCCAUCAGAAGACGUGCAUUACGAUGGUGCGGGAGUACUUCCAGGCUGCAGGCACGCGGAUCUUCGAGAGAAACUGCACACUGAAGCGGCCGUCGAAAAGCUUCUUCGGCUUGAUCACGCGAAACUCGUCAGCUCUGCGUGCGUUGGUCAAGUGUCAGGCAGCAAUGAACACGCCAGUGAAAAUGCAAGCCAACCAGAUUCAAGAUACUUCCAGACGAGGGAAGAAUCAGACAAACAACACCAAGGAUAGUGGAAAAGGCAAUCUGAAGAAGGCCCGCGACGGUGGCGCCAAGAAGUCUCGAGCGCAGCCGAAUCCCGGCAAACCCAGACAGAAAAAAAAAGUCAAGGAACCCGUCGCAUAA